GCUGAAUGGGGUUGGCCUGCAAAGGGCCCUUACCUGUUUGACAAUCAAGACAAAUCAGACCAUUUCCCUAAGUCACUUAAAUGAUACUGGAAUAUGUUGAUCUAGAAGACUGUCUUGGACAUUCACACUUCAAUUGCUUUCUCAAUUAAACAAAAAUUAAGCCAGGAUUAAAAACAAUAAACCAAGGUAGACACUGCACUCUACGCGAAAGAGCCUUGCAAAUCUCAGGUGUGCCUGGGACGGGAAGGGAGCCCAACUCAAUCCCUCACGUCUGAGAUUCUUCCUGAUUUUCUGCUUCAGAGGGGUGCGUCCAACCAUGGCACGGAAGCCAUUAGGGUGAAAGCACAAGCGUGAAGGCGGACAACCCUCCGCCGGUCCUGGGCGGUGGGGGUCCGGCUUCACGUUCGAUUCUUUGGACAUUAUUCUAAAUUCGGUUCUAGCAACAAACUAGUCUCUGAAAUGCAGAAAGCACCCCUCACUGUAUUCUACAUCAAGCUCUGGAACUCAGGCCAAAAUCUAUUUCCUCUCCCUAGAUUAUGCUCUUCCUCCAUGUAAAUCCUGUGAACAAGCUGAUAAAACUAGAACAAAGAGACAAAAAGCUUCCCCAAAAGCAUGUGUCUAAGUUAGCCUUGCUGGUGCUCCAUAUAAGGCUGUAAUUCAGAAGGCCUGAGCCAGGAGGCUUCACGGGAGAGCUCUAUGUAUGUAUAUAUAUAUCAUAUCAUGUGGAUGGGCCACCGGCAGGGACGUGGGCCCUCCAGGCCCCCAAGGACAUGGGGGAGAACGCUCAACAAGUUUCCCCUUAAUUCAGAAACCCAGCCUUUAUCAUUAGUCCCCCUGGAAACAUUCUCCUAUCCCCCAGGAGCCCGGCAUCUUCGGGAGCUGAACUCUGAGGACGUGUAGGUACCGGGAACCUCUCAAGCCAUGUUCUGAAAACGUAGGAAAGCAAGCCGGAGCUGGCCUGAUAAGCUUUACUGAGUUACUAACAAUUAUGAAGGAUGCCCCAACUCUCCCACAAUGACCAGAUUCAAAAGGAAAUGACCUUGCUGGCACUGUGACAAGCACACACAAGAUUCAUUUGUCUUCUAGCUUUCAAGCACUGCACCGAACACCCCAGAACGACUCCAUCGGGGAAGGAAUUCAGCUGCCUCGGUGAGCGUGACCGCCGAACCCCAACUAGCCCAGGAUGACUCGCUCUAGAAGGCAACGAGCGUACAGAGGAGACGUGUAAGUCAGCUAACGAAGGACGGAAACUGCAACCGACACUGAAAUUCUAAUUUGUUAACAAUCCUUUCGUCCCAUUCUUCCUUUUCCACGGUGGUUUUAAAAAAUACAAAAAUUCUACACUGAAUGACAUUUAAAAAUUGCAGAGUUCUAUGCUGUGAAAAAACCAGAUUUUAAAAUAUCAAGGUUGUUAUUCUGGAGGCUGAGGGGAAUUUUAGAUAGUUACUUUUUUUGUGGGGGAUAAAACUUUCAAGUUCAGACAAGUGAACAUCUUCUAUAUAGUGCUAAAAUGAUUUAAAACACUCCAAUGCUAUUUAAAAAAAAAACUUAAUCUGUAGUUCUGGUUAUUUGCUUUUCUUUUAGUUAUCUCAUAUUAAAGACGAUCUACAAAAUUCAAAGAGAAAAUGAAGGUGUUUCCUUUCAUAUCAGUUCUCUAUAGCAAAUGAACAAAUCUAAGAAACACACCCAAAUCUGCAUGUGGUUUUUCUGCCUUUCUGAGACCUUCUUUUAGAGCCAUUUAUCUAUUAAUAUCUAUUGAUGGGUGGGUUUCUCUUUGGACGGGCCAGUGCACAAAAGCUCUGCUCCAAGUCAGUAAAUAAAUUCUCUGGGAUACUUCGGACUUUCCUAUUCCCCUAAAAUAAUACUCAAGCUUCAUCUCAAUUUUAUACUUAGACACGAAGGCAUUCCAAUAUCAAAAAACAUCUCUAGUUUUUUUCUUGAGCCAGUUGCUAACAUUUUGCUAGUCUGAAAAAUUAGAAAUUAAUAGCUUAAUAAAUCUAUUUAAUUUAAAUUAGGGUUUCUUUAACCUUUUUUUUUUUUUUUUUUGGUAUCCUGGACCUCUUUCUUGGUUUAUUUUUAAAUCAGCAUGAGAUAAAAUAGAAUUACAAAGGAAAUCCUAAGCCAGUAAAAUUUAUGUACGUUUGUGAAAAUUCUAUAUUUUUUUCUCAUCUAAGUUCAUGAACCUCUGACCCUAAUCAACUGUCCUAUUCAUGUAUCUCUGACCCUAAUCAACUGUCUGACUACAUGAUGAUUAUUAAUAAUCUAGGUCCUGCCACAUGACUGACUAGCUGUGUGGCGUUAGGUAAGUCAUGUCCCCCUGUGGGCCUCAUCAGUAAAAUGAGGGGGCUGGGCUACACGAGCCCUUCUAACUCAAAAUGCGUCUGCUCGGAAAGUCUUCAAUGCAGACCAGAGCUCUGGAGCAGGGAGGGGCUGGGGCUGCACGGCUCAAGUAUCUGUUCUGUUCUUUGUAAAUUAAAAUGAUGUAAGCCCCAUAUUUUGUAUCAAGGGGGAAUCCUUUGGCAUUCAAGUUCCUCGACCACUCUGGGCUUGAUACAGAAACCAGCCGACUGCCUACAUGUCCAGACUGCGGGCUCCUGUCCUCAAACUUGGGGAAAGCUGAAGUUCUUCCGAGCAACAAUCAGACAAAAGGACUUCACCAAACAGAGAUGGCCCCAAAUUGGUGAAAACUGAUUUUUUUUUUAAAGAAAGGGGUCUAACUUGGCUCGGAGUAUUUGGCACGGGUACAAUGUCUUAAAAAAGCCAAUGACUAGCUGAGCGACUGACCAUGUUGACCAUUCUCCAGAAGCAGGCUGGACCACAGAAAAACAGCGAAUGGCUAUUUCGUACAGACUUCUGGAACAAGGCACAAUUCCAGAUUACCUUCUGCAGGGUUCUAAAAUGUCUGAUCGCUUACUCUCAUCUAAUGGGUCCGGACUGCCGACUGACCCGACACCAGGGGAGAAGAAACUGCGCUGGGCAGCCCUCCUGAUCUUCCUGGUGAUCAUCCCCACAAUUGGGGGCAACAUUCUUGUAAUCCUGGCAGUGUCCCUGGAGAAAAAGCUGCAGUACGCGACCAACUACUUUCUGAUGUCUCUGGCGGUGGCCGAUCUGCUGGUCGGGCUGUUUGUGAUGCCGAUCGCCCUCCUCACCAUUAUGUUUGAGCCAGUGUGGCCGCUUCCGCUGGUCCUCUGUCCCGCCUGGCUGUUUCUGGACGUGCUCUUUUCCACGGCGUCCAUCAUGCAUCUCUGCGCUAUCUCCGUGGACCGUUACAUAGCCAUCAAAAAACCCAUCCAGGCCAGCCAGUACAACUCCCGAGCAACAGCCCUCAUCAAGAUAACAGUGGUCUGGCUCAUUUCCAUAGGCAUCGCCAUCCCAGUCCCGAUUAAAGGCAUCGAGGCUGGGGAGGGGGACCCCAACAACAUCACGUGUGUGCUCACCAAGGAGCGCUUCAGUAACUUCAUGCUCUUCGGCUCCCUGGCGGCCUUCUUCACCCCGCUGGCCAUCAUGGUUGUCACCUACUUCCUCACCAUCCAAGCCCUUCGGAAGAAGGCCUACUUGAUCAAGAACAAGCCACCUCAGCGUUUCACGUGGUCCACGGUGUCCACGGUUUUCCAAAGGGAUGAAACACCUUGCUCAUCCCCCGAAAAGGUGGCCAUGCUGGACUUUUCUCCCAAGAAUAAAACCGUGCCUAACGCAAAUGAGGAAAUGUUUAUCCGACGGAUGUCCAGCAUUGGGAAAAAGUCUGUUCAGACGAUCACCAAUGAGCAAAGGGCUUCCAAGGUGCUAGGGAUUGUGUUUUUCCUCUUUUUGUUUAUGUGGUGUCCUUUCUUUAUUACAAAUGUAACUCUAGCUUCAUGUGAUUCCUGUAGUCAGAGCACCCUCCAAAAGCUUCUGGAGAUCUUUGUCUGGAUAGGGUACGUUUCCUCAGGGGUGAAUCCUUUGGUCUACACGCUCUUUAAUAAGACCUUUCGUGAUGCAUUUGGUCGUUACAUCACGUGCAAUUAUCAGGCCACCAAGGCAGGGAAGCCCCUCCGGAAGUGCUCAAGCAAGAUGUCCUUCAGAAACGCCAUGGCAGAGAACUCCAACUUCUUUGUGAGACAAGGAGUACGGAAUGGGAUUAACCCUGUCAUGUACCAGAGCCCCAUGAGACUCUGCAGUUCUCCCAUCCAGUCCCCAUCUACCAUUCUACUGGACAAACUACUUCUCACUGAAAACGAAGGGGACAAAACGGAAGAGCAAAUCAGCUACGUAUAGCGGAAUCCGUCUUAUCUUCACCUGAAUGAUGCAAAGUGCGGAAUUAAGAGUAGGCGGAUGAACCCUUUGGGAUCGUUAAAAAACACUAGAUAAAAAGAACUGCAGAACCCAUGAUACUUCAUCUUCUUGAAGACCAAGAUUAAAUAUCAGUAUUGUCAAGUUUUCUUCCAUUUGGCCAGACAAUUCCAUGAAAUAGCUAAUUUGCACAGAAAUAAAGAACGUGUAGCACUAUACGGUAAUUAAAAUGUCAAAAGAUUCAAAUAAAGUUCAGUCAACUAUUUAAUCAACAA